ACGUAUGUGUCAGCUUAGACCCCAAGUAUAUAUUUUCUCAUGAAGAGAUGGCGAGGCGAGAAGAAAACAGGAACAGUUUUAAUGUGAGUAUACUAGUCAUCCACCAAGCAGAAGUCUACAACAUAUGUUUAUCUCUUGAUGACUAAGCUAUCAGCGAACUAACACAAGCAAGGGUGGGUGAGACUCUAUUUUGGAUGUUGCAGGUCACAUAGAUUUGCGGGGAUGUUAAGAGUAUACUGCCUCUGUUGCUGUUGUUAUUGUCGUAAUUGUAUGUUUUAUUAGUUAUUAGAUCAAACCAGAUCACCACUGUAGCAGCAUGUUAGCCACAACAAGUCUGUAAGCCAGUGGUGGAAGAUGUGUGACUCUCAGUGACUCUCAGUGAGGUUUUUCUGCUUCCUGGCCAAAAAUCAGCACUGCCAUUAUUACAAAUACGGGCAUGGUGCCACUCUGAGGGUUUGACUUUGGUCAACCUUGCCUCUAUAAAAGAAGCCAUUCCUUCUGACUGAACUCACUACAGCAGCACCUUCACUCCUAACACUGAGAAGAGAAGAAAACUGAAAAAGUGGACUGCUCUCUACAACAAAGAAGAUCCUGUUGUCAGCAGCAGCGAAGAUGGCUUGCCUGUGCUGGAUGGCUGUAACGCUGGGUUUGUUGCUGUCUGCUGAAAACAGUUUGGCUGCUGAUGUGGACCAGAACCAACUUGUAGGAAUUGUAAAUGAGAUCCUGAACAGGUAUAGACCAAGCUACAAUUACAGCCAGAAUAAGACAAGAGAACCCAUGUUCAGUCUGGCUGUAAGCAUCCCAUACAACAGUGACAGGAAAAUUUAUGACAUCAGUCAAGUGACUGAUACUCGUGAACAAGUCUGGCAAAGUAUUUUGACAGAAUGUGAAGUGUACACCAGUAAGAGGAUGGUUGCAGCUACAGUUCUGAGAUGGCCCAAUGUUGUGGAUCAGUGUCCUGAUGGACGUGUGCAAUGGUCUGAUCUUCCAACAAAAUGUGGUCAAACGUGGGCUGAUGUUAAGAAACAGUGUAGAAACGUCUCAAAUGGUAGAGCGGAUCAUGCAGAGUACCGUAUUCUACAAAACUUUACCACCUUGGUUAGUAAUCAUGACAAAAAUGAUUUAUUGCUUUUUUACGUUCUUGCUUCCCCGUGUGAUCAAAGAUGUACAAAUAAAUCGCAUCCUUAUAACAUUCUCAACAGCAUCAAAAUGAUUCAACAGUGGAAUAACUAUGCUGUUGUGUUUUCCAAAGUAUUCAAGCCCCGUGGUAAAGAUUCCAUACCUGAACAGCACCUACGUGGAUCCCUUGAGCGGCUUGGUCAGUCAGUUGGUCUGAUCAAUAUAUUCCGUUGCAACAGAAAUGAGUGCACAAGCUGCUCUAGUGGUAAACAAGUUACACCCUAUUGUUAUUCAGACAAAGCACAACCUACAGACACAAAAACUGAUGUGUUCUCCUCCCAAAGUGGGCUUUAUAGCAAUCAUGGAAAUGAUAGUUCUAAUACAGGUGAAAGUGUCUCCCCAUCACCAGCGGGUCUCAAUAAUGACAAUGGAAAUAAGUUAAAUGUAGCAGAAGAUGUGUCCUCCUCCCAAAGUGGGCUUGGUAGCAAUAAUGGAAAUGAUGGUUCUAAUACAGGUGAAAGCGUUUACCCAUCACAAAUGAGUCCUAAUUAUGACAAUGGAAAUAAUUUAAAUGUAGGAGAAAGUUUGUAUUCCUCCCAAAGUGGACUUGAUAGCAAUAAUGGAAAUGAUGGUUCUAAUACAGAGGAAAGUGUCUACCAAACACAAAUGAGUCCUAAUUAUGGCAAUAGAAAUCAUUUUAAUGAAGGAGGUGCAUCCUCCUCCCAAAGUGGACUUGAUAGCAAUAAUGGAAAUGAUGGUUCUAAUACAGGUGAAAUUGUCUCUCCAUCACAAACAGGUCCUAAUUAUGACAAUGGAAAUUCUGAUUUUAAAACAGUAAGCAGCAAUCUAAGUGGCGAUGGCAUUGGUAGAAGAAAGAGUCCAAGAAAGAGGACAGGCACAGAGGAGGAAAAGGAAAAGGAAUUAGCAACUCACAAAGGAAGAAAGGGGAGAGGAAGUAGCAAACCCCAAGGAGGAAAAGGGAAAGGAAUUAGUAAACACAAAGGCGGAAAAGACACCGGAAUUAGUAAACGCAAAGGAGGAAAAGGCACCGGAAUUAGUAAACGCAAAGGAGGAAAAGGGAAAGGAAUGAGCAAACGCAAAGGAGGAAAAGGGAAAGACAUGAGCAAACGCAAAGGAGGAAAAGGGAGAGGAAUUAGUAAACGCAAAGGAGGGAAAGGGAAAGGAAUUAGUGAACGCAAAGGAGGAAAAUGGAAAGAUAUGAGCAAACGCAAAGGAGGAAAAGGGAGAGGAAUUAGUGAACGCAAAGGAGGAAAAGGGAAAGACAUGAGCAAACGCAAAGGAGGAAAAGGCAUCGGAAUUAGUAAACGCAAAGGAGGAAAAGGCAUCGGAAUUAGUAAACGCAAAGGAGGAAAAGGCACCGGAAUUAGUAAACGCAAAGGAGGAAAAGGAUCCUCUUAA